CAAACGAACUUUUUAGUAACUUUACAUUACCUCGAGUAAGUAGGUCUUUAGUAACUUUGGCUAAGUCUAAUAUUAAAAAAAUACUAGCUUUAGUUGAAUUUGAUGAAAAAAUAAUAGCUUCGGCUGAGUCUGACAAAAAAAUAAUAGCUUUGGCUAAGUCUAACAAAGAAGAAAUACAAAUUUUGGCUGAGUCUGACAUGGAAGAAAUGUUUAAUAUAGAAGAAAUAUUUGGUGUAGAAGAAAUAUCUGAAAUAAAAAUAUCUGAUAUAGAAGAGAUAAUGUUUAAUACAGACAAAGUGUUUUACAAAUUGUAA